CAAACAGGAGAGAGAGAAUGCAGACAGAAGUUCCCUGACAUCCUUUUAAUUACAGUUUUCUAUAAGAGAGCGAGUCAGUCACAGACAGAGGAGAGUAAGGGAGGGUUACUGGAGCAGUCGUGCAUCUGGAGGUUUCACAUCUGGACUUAGGACUCAGGAGCAAUGAAUCUUCAAACUACAAGCGUCCCAUACCUCAGCACCACAGCUUUCAAUGGAGACCAAAACCACACCAAUGGCACAGACUGUCCUCAACAGUACGACUGGGAGUGGCUCCACACCGGCCAGCCAGUGUAUAUCCUCAUCAUCACUGUGGUUGGGAUUGUGUUCAACGUGUUUGUCCUGGGGGUUUUCUGCUUCCACAAGAAGGCCUGCACCGUGGCUGAGAUCUACUUGAGCAACCUGGCGGCUGCUGACCUCAUCCUGGUGGCUUGUUUGCCCUUUUGGGCUGUCUACAUAUCCAAUGGUUUCAAUUGGCCUUUUGGUCUGUUCAUGUGCAAAGUCGUCAACCUGGGCAUUAAGGUGAACUCCUACAGCAGCAUCUACUUCCUCGUUCUGAUUAGCAUAGAUCGCUAUGUGGCACUUGUUCAUACAAUGUCCCAUGCCAGAAUGCGUCGGCCAAAAUAUGCCAAACUGGGCUGUCUGCUGAUGUGGGGUUUCGGCUUGCUCUUGAGUGUACCCACCAUUAUCUUCAGGAGAGUGAAAUAUUUCCCUGAGUAUGGUGUGAACGCAUGUUUUCUGGACUACCCAAAUGUCACUGCAGGACUGGUCUUUGAUGGGAUUUUGAUAGUUUUUAGCUUCAUCAUCCCCAUUUUGUUUAUCUCAUUCUGUACUAUCAAAAUUAUUCAGGCUUUAAAGAUCCAGGCGAUAGAGAGGUUCAAUGCUCAGAACACGGAGAGGAAGGCCACCAAUCUGAUGCUGGCCGUCCUCCUGGCAUUCCUCAUCUGCUGGGUGCCUUUCCAUGUGGUCACCGCACUAGAUGUUCUCUUAAGAGCUGACAUCCUCGGAGGAUGUCACCUGGAGUCUGUCCUAGAUAUCUGCAAUCAGAUCUCCACCUACUUAGCCUUCUUCAACAGUGUUCUCAACCCCAUUCUUUAUGUCAUUGUAGGAAAGAACUUCCGUAAGAACGCUUGUGAACUCUUCCAGCAUUGGAAAAUUAUUAAAAAAAACAACUAUGAAUCCUCACGUUCAUCAAACCUGUCAGCUACACUGAAGACUUUGGUGUAAAAUACUACUUUCAUAAUCACUGGAGUACAUACAAAUACUUAUUUUUAAGAAAUGUAGAUAUAUGUGCAGGGACAUAAAAUGUCUUAAAUGAAUUGUUUUCUCAGUUUAUAACAGUUGAACUACAUGAAUUAAACUAAACUUGUUUAAAACAUUUCCAAACAACUGUAUCUUUAACAUACAGGUGAUGUGAUAUAAAUCAGCCUGGAGCUGUACAAUUAUUUAUUUAACAUACAGUUAACAUAUCCUGUCUUGUAUAUAUUUGUUUUUGUUCUGAAUAUAA